UCAGUGUCAAACAUGGCUGUGCUUUUCAAGAAAGAAAAAUGCUGAAUUGUGCUGCGGAAUUUCGCCAAAAGAGGAAACCAUGGCUAGACUGGCUGAUUAUUUCAUAGUGGUGGGAUACGACCAGGACAAGUCUGGGUCUGGUGAAGGAUGUGGCAAGAUCAUUCAGCGCUUCCCCAAAAAGGACUGGGAUGGCACGGUAUUUCCCCAGGGUGUGGAGAUGUUCUGCCAGCCUGGUGGAUGGAGGCUGUCUCGUGAGAGGAAGCUCCCGACAUUCUUCACAGUGGUGCUGACAGACAUAGACUCAGAACGACACUUCUGCUCCUGUCUGACCUUCUUUGAGGCAGAGGUCAACCUUCAGGGCUCAAAGACGCUGGAGGCAGAUGGGGAUGUAGCUGAGGAAGAGGAAGAGGAUGGUUUGAUCCAGCCAGCUCAAAUCUUUGCACCCAAAAGUUUGAUUCUUGUCUCCAGGCUGGAUUACCCAGAAAUAUUUAGGGGCUGCUUGGGACUGAUCUACACCGUAUACAUUGACAGUCUGAGCUUCCCUCUGGAAGGGCUGGUGGCAAACCUCUUCACAUGCUUGGUCCCAUUGGGUGGAGGUUCCCAGAAGCUCUUUUCACUGGGAGCAGGGGACCGGCAGCUCAUCCAGACCCCACUCAAUGACACUCUGCCAGUCAGCGGUAAAAGUGUAGCGCUCCUCUUCCAGCAGUUAGGAAUCCAAAAUGUUCUUAGUCUCUUCUGUGCGGUUCUGACAGAGCACAAGGUUUUGUUCCACUCUUCCAGCUAUCAGAGACUAGGAGAGGCCUGCCGUGCCUUAGAGUCCCUCAUGUUUCCUCUUAAGUACAGCUACCCCUACAUUCCCAUCCUCCCAUCUCGACUGCUGGAGGUGUUGAGCUCGCCUACGCCCUUUAUCAUCGGAGUGCACUCCAUGUUCCAGAGUGAGAUCCAAGAGCUGCUCGAUGUGGUCAUUGCUGACCUUGACGGAGGAACAAUUAAAAUACCGGAGUGUAUACACCUCUCCCAGCUCCCCGAACCCCUGUUGCACAAUACUCAAAAAGCACUGUCCAUGGUUUUGCACCCAGAUCUGGAAGGAGCAGAUAAUGCCUUCCCACCCCCUCGUUCUGCUCCAUCCAACCUCAAACUGCUGGCUGCCUUCCUGGGCCAGCGGGGCCUGAUAGAAAAUGACUUCCUGACCAAGGUGUUGGAUGGCAUGGCCUUUGCGGGAUUCGUGUCUGAACGGGGACCUCCAUACAGAGCCUGUGAUCUGUUCGAUGAGCUGGUGGCCUUAGAUGUAGACUGCUUUAAGGAGGAAGAAGAGAACCUGGUCAAGUUCCAGAAGCGCUUGAGAGACCUGUCCGAGCAGCUUUACAAAAACGAGAGCCCGAACCCCCACAUGGCCUUCCAGAAAGUGCCUCGGCCCACUGAGGGCUCACACCUGCGGGUGCAUGUGGUACCCUUUUCCUUGUUGGAGGAGGACAGGGUGGAGGAGUUGAUACAGGCGGGCCUGGCCAAGCAGCACGCCGCCCCUAUCAGUACCCGUCCAGAGAGGAAGUGUGUGGUGCCCGCCGGACCCCCUGUGGUGUCUAUCAUGGGCAAACCCAGCUCGGUUUUUAACAGCGCUCGUAGACUGGAGGUGGUCCGGACGUGCAUCGGUUUCAUCUUCGACAACAAGACUCUGGAGACAGAGAAGGCACUCCCUGCGGCUCUUCGGGCCCUGAAAGGCAAAGCAGCACGCCAGUGCCUGACCGAAGAGCUCAGCCACCGUGUGCAGCAGAACCGUGCUAUUCUGGACCACCAGCAGUUUGAUCAUAUCGUUCGCAUGAUGAACUGCGCUCUACAGGACUGCUCCAGCUCAGAGGAAUACACUGUAGCCGCCGCCUUGCUGCCCCUGACAACAGCCUUCUACCGGGUAAGUAAGGGCUUGGCAGGAGAGAAAGGCUUCCCACUACUCUACAUAAGGAUGACCCAACUGAAGUAUGGACAUUACCGCAGACACACUAGAGCUCAAUGUAGCCUUUGCAUUCUUGAAGAGCAAGACUGCUCCAGCUCAGAGGAAUACACUGUAGCCGCCGCCUUGCUGCCCCUGACAACAGCCUUCUACCGGGAACAGAGCACACUGUCCACAGCAUCCAGUGAGUCAGAACGAACCGCUAUGGACCUCGCAGCAGAGCAGUUGCGUACUUGGCCCAGUCUGAGCAAAGAGAAGCAGCAGGAGCUGGUGAAGAAUGAGGAGAGCACAGUGUUCAGCCAGGCCAUCCACUAUGCCAGCCUGAUGGUCUACCUGCACGUACCGCUGGAUACCAGCAAAUCCAAGCUGCUGCGCUCCACCCCUGCAACUGACUGGGAGAGUGGCAGCAACAGCAUCCUCACAAACAGUAUUGCAGGGAGUGUGGCUGAGAGCUUUGACACUGAGAGCGGAUUUGAAGACUCUGAGACCAGUGAUGUUGCCAACUCUGUGGGGAGGUUCAUCUCUCGUUUCAUUGACAAAGUGUGUACAGAGAGUGGAGUGACACAGGGUCACAUCAAGAGUCUGCAUAAUAUGAUUCCAGGUCUUGUGGCAAUGCAGAUGGAGACUCUAGAGGCAGUUCAUAGAGAAAGCAGAAGACUGCCUCCCAUUCAGAAGCCCAAGAUCCUGCGGCCUGCCCUGCUGCCUGGAGAGGAGCUGGUGUCCGAGGGGCUACGGGUGGUCUUAGACCCAGAUGGUCGAGAGGAAGCCACUGGUGGCCUUCUUGGAGGACCGCACAUUUUGCCAGCAGAGGGAGCACUCUUCCUCACCACUUAUCGUAUCGUUUUCAAAGGCACUCCACACGACCCACUAGUUGGCGAACAGGCCGUGAUCAGGAGUUUUCCGGUAUCCACUCUAACUAAGGAGAAGAAGAUCACCAUUCAGAACCAGCUACAGCAAAACAUGCAGGAGGGGCUUCAGCUGAGAUCUGCCUCUUUCCAGCUAAUUAAGGUGGCGUUUGAUGAGGAGGUGAGCUCAGAGAUGGUAGAGAUCUUCAGGAAACACAUGCAACGGAUCCGCUACCCACCAUCCAUCUUCAGUACCUUUGCCUUUGCAGCGGGACAAACGGCACCACAGCUCAUAUUACCCAAGCAGAAAGAGAGAAACACGGGCUUUCGAACACUAUCUAAGACCAUUGUGAAAGGGGCUAAAAGGGCAGGCAAGAUCACAAUGGGCCGCCAGUCCACUCUAAAGAAAAACGAAAAGGGCAGUCGCAUGACGUGGCACGAGGAUGAUGACAUCUCCAUCUCAGAUGAUGGUGAGCCCCCUGCCAGCAGCACACUGAAGACCUCCGAGAAGUCCACUAUGGAGCAGUUAGUGGAGCGAGCCUGUUUCCGUGACUACCAGAGGCUGGGCCUGGGUACCAUUAGCGUUAGUUCCACACGGUUUAAAAGUGGAGAGCAGUUCCGAGUUACGGCGGUCAACAGACUCUACUCAUUGUGUCGCAGUUACCCUGGUCUCCUGGUGGUGCCUCACACUGUGCAGGACAGCAGUCUCCAUAAGGUGUCCCGCUGCUACCGGCACAACCGCCUGCCAGUCGUGUGUUGGAAACACCUUCGCACCAAAGCGGUUUUACUUCGUUCGGGUGGUUUUCAUAGCAAGAGUGUGGUUGGACUUUUCAAGUCUCAGAACCCUUCUUCAGCAGGUAUGUUUGUGCAAGGGGUACUCGGGUACAGGGAUAAACUAUUCACUCACUCAAACCAAAAAGCUUCAGCUAAGGGAAGAAUUCACAAUCAAGGUGUGUGGGCUAGUCUGCGGUCUAGCAGCAGAUUCAUCCAGCAUCCCGCUGCUGCCGAUGUGGGCACGCGGUUGGCUGGCAAGGAUCUGGCGCCCCCUACAGGCAUUGAGAACCUACAGGCCCAACUCCUCAAGCAUCAAGCCGCUCUCUACAUCUUUGGCGAAAAGUCUCAUCUCAGGGGCUUAAGGCUGGACACAGCACUGAACUGUGAACUGGUGCCAGUAGAGUUUGCAGACACAAGACAGGUGAAGGGCUCCUUCAAGAAGCUUCUGAGGGCGUGUGCACCCAGUUCCAUGUCCUCAGACACAGAGGACUCAUUCCUUAAGGCUCUGGAGGAGAGCGAAUGGAUGCUACAGCUACACAAGCUGCUGCAGCUGGCUCUGGUUGUGGUGGAGUUGCUGGACUGUGGAUCAUCUGUACUAGUUAGUCUUGAGGAUGGCUGGGACAUUACCACUCAGGUGGUUUCCCUUGUGCAGGUGCUCAGUGAUCCAUUCUACAGGACCUUAGAGGGGUUUCAGGUGCUUUUGGAGAAAGAGUGGCUGUCUUUUGGCCACAAAUUCAGCCAACGUGGCAACCUAACCCCCAGCAGCCAGGGCAGCGGCUUCACUCCCAUCUUCCUCCAGUUUCUUGACUGUGUCCAUCAGGUUCAUAACCAGUACCCCCUUGAGUUUGAGUUUAAUCAAUACUAUCUGAAGUUUCUGGCAUACCACUACAUCUCCAAUCGCUUCAAAAACUUCCUUCUGGACUCGGACUACGAGCGCCUGGAGCACGGCACAUUGUUUGAGGACAAAGGAGACAAGCAGUCCAAGAGAGGAAUCUGUAUCUGGGAGUGUAUCAGCCGAAUGCACCGCAAGAGCCCUCUCUUCUUCAACUACCUGUACAGUCCCUCAGAGACAGAGGCAGUGUUGAAACCAUUAAUUUCGAUCCCCAAUCUGACGACAUGGGAGUUCUACACAGGGGAGACGCUGUCCACAGGCCCGUCUUAUGACUGGCGUAUGCUCACUGUGCGCUCUCAGAGCAACGAAGAGCCAGACACCAUCGCCACCACCAAGAGGAGGAUCGUCUGGCCAUGUUACAGCAGCGUCAGCCGUGUCCAGCCUGAUGCCAUCACCAAACUCUUGGCUGACAUUGAGAGGCUAGAGGGAGAACUGGGACAGCAGUCUGAGCCCUGGCACACCACGCUGGAGAAGGUGCUAGACAGCAUCCAAGAAAACCUCAAACAGGAAGGCAAUUUGCGGAAACAGUCAGUGUCCAUCUCUGGUUUGGUCCCCACAUCCAACCUGCAGGCCUAUCAGCGACACUCCAUGUUGCACCUACCUGACAGCGACCUCGGAGAGGACAGUAGUCCCACUGCAGUCAACGGGGUUAAUCGCAGGGCAGCCACACUCUACAAUCAGUUUACCACAAAGAAUGAAGACAACAGAUCAUUUGAGGGAAUCCUGUACAAGCGAGGGGCAUUACUUAAAGCUUGGAAAGCUAGGUGGUUUGUUCUGGACAUAACAAAACAUCAGCUGAGGUAUUAUGAGACGGAUGAGGACACAAGCUGUCGUGGCUAUAUUGACCUGGCUGAAGUGGAAUCUGUCCUGAUUGCCACACCAACUAUAGGAGCCCCCAAACACAUCAGUGAAAAGGCUUUCUUUGAUCUGAAGACCACUAAACGGGUGUACAACUUCUGUGCAGCAGAUGCUCAGAGUGCCCAGCUAUGGAUUGAUAAGAUCCAGAGCUGCAUCUCAGAUGCAUGAAGCCGUUUUCUUCUACAUGGCUCAUCAGCACCACCUCUCACUGCAGGGAGACUCACUGUGCAAUUAGUAGGACCGUAGUAAAGCCUUCAGUGCCUGCUGAAAAUCCAAAAGACUCCUGAGAAACACUGCACCUGAACAGUGACGUACAAUAACGGUGCCCCGUUCACUCGUCUGUGGAGCUGCAUUUACUGUGUCCCACUACCUGUGCUCAAAAACUUGAUCCUGAGCUUCUGUUCAGGUGACUGAUGAAAACGAUGUAAUGCACUACUCUGACAUUUGCUGAACAAACUGCUACAUGCAACUAAGACAAAGCAAUAGCACUAAUCGUAAACUCGGGGUUCAAAAUAGUAGUGACAAGAGGCAUGUUCUGCAAAACAAAAAUAUUGUUGCUGCUGUUAAAAUGCAAAACAACUACCAAAAUCUGACAAAUAUUUAGAAAGAUGCACAAUGUGUAAAAGGCAAAUGAUUUGCACUUAAUGAUAUGCACUCCGUACAAAACAGAUUUUUAAUGGCUAGAACAACUAGGUUAAAGGCGUUAGGUUUUAACUACACACAAAAGCUUGGAGCAGACAACUUUAUGCUCUAGUGUGCAAAGUAUUUUUUUUAUAUAUAUUUGCAACAACUUUUUUUUGUCAGUAAUGCUAUACUCAUGCGUAACAGAGUUGUUGUUCUGUAAAUUAUUUUUUAAACAUUAAAAGUGUCACCUGUGUGUUUUUGUUAAAUGGAGAGUCUUAUGUACAUAAUAUUACAAUUCCAGCUUUUUAUACUCCGCUGAAUAUGCUGUUAAAUAUAGUAUGUCUAACUUGAAAUAAACACUCAUAUUUAUACUUAAUUACAGAAUUUACGGACCAAGCAAAGCACUUCCUGCCUGAGAUGGUUAUCAGUAAGCUGUUUUGUUUGAAAUGAAGGGAAGAACACUAUAUUUCUCCAUUCUCUGUGACGUUACAUGUGAUAUUGAUGGCUCUAUGCGGCUCUAAGGUUUUAUCUAUUUGUUUUGGUAGCAUAUCUGUAAAGUUUUAAGAAACACUCAAAACAAAAUAUCAGGCCAGAUGUGAUGUUACUGAACCUAAAAUGACAUUACUGUAUGUAACAAUAAUUUGUAGUGCCACUAAUGUUUCUGGUUUGUUUACUGUUUUUGGUUAUUUUAUUUUGGGUUUUGCUCUUAUUUGAAAUAAAUCUAGAGAAGUUUAAUUUUGUGACUGGAUGACUAUAUAUCUUAAAUUAUGCAUGAACAAUAAGGCACACUAUGAAAGUAUGUAAGAACGCAAAAGCACACGUUGCAUCCUGAAAUGUAAAAGUCCUCAAAACAACAUUUUUUUACUGGACAUCAGGCAAAAAUAAAAAAUGCA